AUGUGGGUCCUUGGGAAGAUCAGGGAGAGCAUCGAGAGCAUUCCUCUAGAGCUGAGUCGUUACAUGGGAAAGAGUGAGGAGGAUAUUUUUCUCUCUUCUAAGACAAGCCUCUCUCACAACCUGCACAACAACAUCCUCACCCCAGACAAGAUCCCUGAGUUCUGCCUGCCCCCACGGCUGUACAAGAGAAGCCCUCUGCUGGAAGAAGAGACAACCCCACCUAACCUGCACAUAGAUAGCCAGAUACCCAAGAGCAGCACAUCCUCAAACACUACACAAGUAAAGGCAAAGGACACGAAGAAUGGUGAUGCAGCAGUGGCUUGGAAGGCCACAAAGAAACCUUUGCCAUUCUCUGCAGAGGGGUAUGGACUGGCUGGGAUAUAUGAGAGCCCCAACACUCGGAGGAAAGAGUCUUUGUUCCACUCAAAGUGCCCUGUUUACAUGCUUGACAGACGCAGUCCUACUGCAGCACCCAAGCUGGCAAAGGAGACAACCCUGCCCAAGAAAACUUCUGGGUUUUUCCCUCUGUUUUUGUGCAAGAGCCUGUCAGAGACGGGAAGCACAGAAAGUGAAACGCCUUCUUCCAGUGACUCCUCGCCCCUCAGUUCCCCUUAUACUGCUAAAUCCACCCUCUACAUCCCAUCAGGCAGCGGUCGACUUAAAGGAGCAACAUCCUGUCCUUCAUUAAUUGACAGCAGGGAAGACAGAGGGAGGCUGAAGAGGGUGGGGUUAAGUUUAACAACCUCUCCCAGCAGCCCUCCAAGCUUACAGGGAAACUCGCUCACCCUAGCUCCACCUGUCCUCUUCCCACUGGAUGUUCUGCAGUGCCAGGAGAGACUUCAGCGUGAGCACGUCCUCCCUUUGCAGGGCCGUGGUAAAGUGCGCCUCUCUGCUGAGCGCACCACAUUCUCCACCAACACGUUCGCAUCCCUUUCCACAGUCAGAGUUCGUGUGGUGUCUGUGGAAGGCCUCCGGGAUGAUACAGACCGACGAACCCUGAACUGUGCAGUGAAUCUGUGUCUGACACCAGGGAAGCUGCAGCAACAGGAGAGUGCCACCAUCAGGAACUGCCGCAGCCCUGUGUUUAAUGAAGAUUUCUUCUUCACAGAGCUGAGUAAGGAGGAUCUGCUGGAACUGCAGCUGAGGUUAAAAGUGUUGGAUAAACCAGCAGCUGGAGCACUGAGGAGGGGGACAGUGAUUGGAGUGAUCACCAAACCACUGUCUCAGUUACUGCCUCUUAGUAAAUGGGUAGAAGAAUAG